CAGAAAGCGAUGGGUGCAGACCACACACCUCGGUCUCUAUUGUCUGUCCUCUCGUCCGAUCAUCAUGAGACACACAAACAAAAACAGAAACACAAACACACGCACAACACGCAGAGAGAGAGAGGCAUCGACUGUAUCAACUCCCCCAGAAGAAGCAAAAACCCAAUUAAUCCUCGAUGUAUUGCCGAUCCAGCCAUUCAUUGCCUGGAGAGAGAGGGGGGCCAUGGCCAUGGGUGCAUGGCAUAGACGUGCGUAUGUACACUGUAGAAGUGUGUGUGUACAGACAUACAAAUAAGUAUAGAAGACAUUCAGAGCUAUAGAGACAGGGCAGCGGAGAUGGACCACAGGCGUAUGUGAAUCUCACCCCACCCACCUCAUGCGGCAGCCAUCACAUGUAUCUGCACAGCAUCAGCAAGGACAAACACCGACUGUCUGAGUGCACACAUUCAGAGAGAGAGAGACAGAUAUCAGCCGCCAGCCACCACGUGCAACAAACACCAACAAAACCACCGACCGCUCAGCCGAUCGAUGCAGUCAAUCAUUCAGGCAUUCAGUCAGUCAGGCAGACGGCGAGAGAGAGGCAAAACAUACAGACUGACAUGACAAUCAGCCACUGAUAAAUGUAUGCAUGUGUCCAUCAGGCAGAUCGACAGAGAGUAACCAGUCGGAGAACCCAACACGCACCAUUGAAGCCAUCUAUGUGACCGCCAGUGCCCCUCCCACUGUCACCACCACCGCCCAACCUGAGACACACAUGGAAAGACAGACACCAUUGUGGUCGUCGUGUGUGUGUGAGCAUCUUCUGCUCGUGUCGUGUCAGUCGUGUUUUAUGCGAACAUACCUCACCUGUCUAUUGGUCCCCAGCACCACACGCGCCAGCCGAGUGGUCUCCGGGAAGCGGUCCUUAAAGGCGCCACCAACAUCAUACACAGCCGACUCGGUGGUGUGGACCUGGACACGCACUGCGAACAGUGACAGGAGAAGACAGCGCAUGAGAGUGAGUGCAGGGUGUUCCUGUUUGCUUUGUACCCUCCCUCCUCUUUUGUUGUACCGCGCUGGGCUGACCGGUGUUUAUGUAUUCGCUCCCGAUGAUGUAGAUCGAUGCCACGAAUGAGUGGCUGGCGCCGGUCAGGACGAGUUGACGAUGAGUGUGGCCGCCAGGGUUGCGGCGUGAUGCAGUUGUGGUACAUCCCUCCACUGAUGUGUGGGGGGACUGUGUCAUGAUGGUAUCCAGCUGGUUGUUGUCGACAUGCCUGACACACACACAUAACACACACUCGUCUGUCGUGACAAUGCCCAUACAGAGUGAUGCCCUGCAUCACCUGUCGAUCAU